CCACCUUCCAAAGUCCCAGCGUCAUUGACGCAUCAUCUGUGCCACCGUGGGCCAUAUAUUUCCCUCGAUUCCCACUGUGACCGGCUGUCGGACAUGUUCAGAAUAAUCACCAUCAGUCUUGGAACCAAUAUCGAACAACUGUAUCAUCACUGGUACGCUGGCUGUCCUUCCUGUCUCAGGAGUGCUGCUGUCGACUGUAUUGUAUACGGGCUACGAUAUCUGCGACUAAUCGAGAACAGAACGAGUAUCUACCAUGCAGUCCUCAAAAGAUAAAACCACCUCGCGCAUGUCGCAAACCGCCCAGAAUCAGGCCGGCGGUUCGAAGAAAGACGAUCCCACUGCCAAUUGGAGUCCAGAAGAAAUGUUCGAGACUACCAUGGACCGCGACGGCAACCCUGUGCCCGAUCCCAUCUCCUACGUUGACGGUGACAGGAUGGGCAAGGCGUCCAAAGGCGGCCGCAGUGAAGGCCAGGACGAAGGAGACAUGUUUGCCGCGGCUAAUGAUGACUUCGACUAAACUCCCAGAUUUGAAUCACGACUGUCUUAUGACGGUCAGUCAGAGGCACAGUCGAUUAGCGACUGCGUCUGUCUG